AUGACAUCGAAUGAAUUGUCUCGCUGCUGCACUAUUGGCUCCCUUCACGAAGGCGAAGCCAAGGGCGAGAUAAAGGACAUUGGCGAUUUUUCAACGUACUUCGCAUACCCGACCAAUCGAUCCAACGAGAAAGCGAUUCUCAUCCUUACAGAUGUGAUAGGGCAUCGCCUCAUCAAUGCUCAGCUGAUAGCCGAUCAAUUCACCUCGAAAGGAUACUUAGUGGUCAUGCCGGACCUAUUCAACGGCGACACUGUCGGUAUCAACCGACCAGAAGGUUUCCAAAUCAUGGAGUGGGUAAAGAAUCACCUUCCACCCCAAACACAGCCUAUCAUCGACGCGGUACUCAAAGAGAUGCGCGAGAAUAUGGGCCGCAAGAGAAUCGGAGGGGUUGGCUAUUGCUUUGGUGGCAAGUAUGUUUGUCGGUAUCUCAAAGGUCGCCAAUUGGAUGCUGGCUUUAUUGCGCAUCCGACUAUGGUUGAGGCAGAUGAGUUGAAGGUUCGGGACUUUGUCUUCACGACUGAGAAACGUCGCGAGAGUGAGGAUAUUUUGGAUCAAAUGGAUGUGCCCUACCGGACUAAUUUGCUUUCUGAUGUGGGGCACAUAUUCUCGGUUUUCAACCAGGCUGCUGCUUGGUUCGAUGAGUAUCUGAAGGAAUAG